UAAUUUUCAAUUCUCAGAAAACGAAACUACAGCAGUGACCAGCUAGCCUGCUCCGUCUGAUGAAAUCAUUGCAAUAUGGAAAUGUAACAGGAAGAAGCUAUCCCUGAAAGCGCAGAGGGCGAUUUAAACUAUGAGAGAGAUGCCUGCAAAUCGCCUGAAAUCACCGGGCCAAAGCCCUCGCACCCCAUACAGCCCACAAAGCAGGAGAGGCAGGAGAGCAGGUACGUCUCAGCAGAGAACACUGGACUCUUACUUUGGGAGGAACACUGGGAAUGUUCCCCAGCAGAGGGAGCCAGAGGUGGUGCAGGCUCCUCCACCUCCCCCAGACACACGUAUCGACGCCCUGCCUGAAACCGUGCUGAGGGCCAUCUUGGCCAUGCUCCCAGCUCCUGACCUGCUCCUUCGGGCCAACCAGGUUUGCAGACAGUGGAGGAAUAUCAUCUCAAGUGAAGGGUUUUGCCGCUGGAAGAAGUGCUACAUCCGCUACCAUCAGCAGGAGGAAGUGGGAAAGCAAGAGGUCAUCUCCAUUCUGCAGGAAAACCGCAUGACCCCUGAUGACAACAAUAACCUCUGUUUAUUACACAUGGCAAAGUACAUGUCUCAGACCUUCCACUGCAUGACUGUGGGUUCCGAGGGAGAUCGAGAGAACAGGAUUUUGGAGUGCAUCAGGAGUCACCGCCUCUAUGAGCAGGCCAGAGCCUGCAUGCCAGAGAGCAUGAAACAGACGGAGGACCCGUGGUCAUCUCUGGCUCUGAUGCUAGUUCUGGCUGACGGGGUGGAAGAGGUGUGGCAGCUGGUGGUCAGUCUACGGAGCCCUCUGACCCCUGAGCAGCUCUCAGAGUUUCUCUGGUGCUCCGCCACUCUGCUGCGUGCCAUGGCAGACAAACGGGUCAAAAUCAGCAACCGGUUGCACUAUAAUAUUUACUAUGUGUUGCACAUUAUGGAGAACAUCCUUCCCUCCAACAGAUCAGAGGCAGAUCAGGGCAGCGAGAACCAGAUGACCCCAGAACAGCAGCAGAUUUUGAAUCACAACACAGAGGAAGACCAUGUGGUCAAAAUCAUGGCCUUUGCUGGUACAGGGAAGACGACCACUCUGGUCCGUUACGCCAAGCAGAGGCCCUCGCUUCGGUUCCUUUAUGUCGUCUUCAAUAAACCUGCACAGAUGCAGGCAAAGCGCAUCUUUCCUGACAACGUUUCAUGCAAAACCAUCCACUCCCUUGCCCAUGCUGCUGUAGGACAGAGGUACCGUGAAAAGCUGGGUCUCUCCAGCCUGAAUAUAUUCUCUGUCUUCCGGGUAUUGCCUGACGGUGAACGCAGCAUUGUGUGGGCCAAGGUGGUCACUAAGACCAUCAACAACUUCUGGGCCUCCACAGACCCUCACAUAGACACCCAGCAUGUGCCUGAAUGGUACAGGAGCACCAGUGGGCACAUGCAGCGGCCUACUGAAACUCAGAAACAGAUGUUCGUGAACAACGCCAGGCGCAUAUGGGAGAAGAUGAAGGAGGUUGAGCCAACAUCCGAGUCUGCCUAUCACAUGUAUCAUGAUGGAUACCUUAAACUGUGGCAGCUGGAAGGUGCCCAGAUGGAACACUACGACGUCAUCUUUAUUGAUGAGGCCCAGGAUUGUACCCCAGUGACCAUGGACAUCUUGCUGUCUCAACCAUGUGCAAAGAUCUUGGUGGGAGACCCUCACCAACAGAUUUACAGCUUCAGAGGAGCAAUCAACAACCUGAACACAAUCCAACACACACACAUCUACUACCUGACACAGAGUUUCAGAUUUGGUCCUGAGAUCGCCUGUGUUGGUGCAACCAUACUUGAAGUCGGCAAAGGUGUGAAGAAGACAAUGGUUGGAGGAAACCAAAGAGACUCUGUGAGAGGACAGGAUGUUGAGAUGCGGCGCAGGUUUCUGACGGGUGUGGGUGGAGCUGAUGGAAGGCUGGCUAUCCUCAGCCGCACAAACGCCUCCAUUUUCCAUGAGGCAGUGAGGCUUACAGGCCUCAACCCUACCAGCCGAAUCUACAUCAUAGGCGGUAUAAAAACAUUUGGACUGAGUAAAAUUCAUGACAUUUGGGUCCUGAAGCAGAGACAUCGUGCGCCCUUAGAUUUACCAAUAGAAUCCGAUUUCAUCCGGCUAUUCAGUGAGGGUGCAAUGGACGGGCUGAAGGGGUAUGCAGGUCUGUGCCAGUAUGCUGAAAAGGAUGACAAGGAGCUGAUGUGGAAGAUUACCGUGGUGAAUAAGUAUGGAAAGUGCAUUCUAGAGCUAGUGGAGCAGAUUAGAAGUCAACAAUGCAGACAACAAUGCGAUGCAGAUUUUAUUCUGAGCUCAGUACACAAGGCCAAAGGCCUGGAAUUUGACACCGUUUUCAUCACGGAUGACUUCAGAGCGCUCCAGGCCUUGCCAGCUCAGGAACAAGGAGGAAAUCAAAGCAUCAUUGAAGAAGAUGAGUGGAAUCUCAUCUAUGUGGCAGUAACCCGUGCAAAGAGGACUGUGUUCAUAACCAGGACCAUCACCAAUAUCCUUGCCCGUGCAGGAGAGUACUUCCUGAGGUCAGAGUUGACUACAGUUCCAGCAGAGAAUCCUGUGCUCCAGUGCUCUACUCCGAGAUGCUCCAACUAUGUUAAUCUAAAUACACGCCUUAGAAUGCACAGAGUCCCCAUCACAUAUGCUGAUGGUGUGGAGAAAGGUGGCCCUCUGUGUUUGCCCUGUGUUAACAGAAUAGCAGGUCACUUGGCAUUUCUGAUGAGCCCAGGGAUAAGGCAAAUCCCCUUCCCUUAACAGCCCAGAGAAGGAGUGUAGAUGUUGCUGCAGUAGUAGAAUAUCAAAGGGGAAGGCAAAGGUGAUUCAUCAUGACCAGUGGCUAGGGGCAAGGGCCAAGGGCAGAGCAGUUAAAAGUCACAAUUUUAGCUAAUUUUAUAUUGCAAUUUGUAUUGGUGGAUGUUGUUUUCAUCAUUCUUUUGAAUAAGUUUACAAUGAGUUUUUUUUCUUCUAUUCAGAAUGAAAAUAUCUUCCACUGAAAUGAAAUAUGACAUUCAGCAUUUAUAUGUGUUCUGAGAACCAUGUGUUUAAACGCAUUAAAAUGCAAGUAUUUAUGUGCAUUUUCCAAA